AUGUCCGCCCGUCCUCACGCCGCCGCUCCCAGCCUCUCCUGGACCGCCAUGUGGCAAGCGCCGCCGCGGGCCCGCGAGCCCACGGCCGGCCCUCUGAGCCCAUCUCCUCCGCGCGCCUGCCCCGAGCGAGGCCCGCGUCCGCGCCGCUUCUUCCCCCGCACCGGCGCCGAAGCCGCCCGCCUCCGCCGCUGCCAGACAACCUCGCCGCCCAGGAUCUUCCUCGCGCCGCGCCGCCGCGAGCUCCCGUCGGAGCACCGCCGGCCUAGCGCCGCUCCCCACCGCGUCGCCCGCCACCGGAGUUCCUCCCCGUCCUCCUCUCCGGCGAGCCCAGCCGGCAAACCUCGGUUCACGCGCCGCCCCGAUCUGGAUCUGAGAGUGCACCCCAUCAAUACAACAUCUAUUGUAUUGAAAACUUUCCCGUCUACACGCAACAACAUGGCAUCCUACUCCAUUACCGUGCAGGCCAUUGUGGAUGCUCACAGCGUGUUCAUCGACAUCUGCAUCGGCUGGCCGGGAGGGUUGCCCGAUGCAGCGGUGUUGAAACGGUCAAUGCUGCACGCCCGCUAUGAGCUUGGCCAGUUCGGAGACAAGUUCCGGUUGGCUAGUGGCGCGAGCUACCCGCUCAUGGACUGGAUGAUCAUGCCAUACAGGCAUCAAAACCUGACGUGGAUGCAGCAUUGCUUCAACGAGCGUGUCACUUCCGCGCACGCAGUAGCGCGGGGCGCGAUCCAGAGGCUUAAGGCGCGGUGGCAGUGCCUGCAGCGCCGCACCGAGCUUAAGUUUCCGGACAUUACCUACAUGAUCGGUGCCUGCUGCGUGUUGCACAACUUCUGUGAACACAGCGGCGAGAAGCUCGACACCGACCUCCAUUCUGAGCCCUCCCGGGAGGAGGAUGACGUGGUUGACGCGGCCAAGGAGCGGAACAGAAUAGCUCAUGAGCUCCUCUCCGACAGCUUAGGCAUUAUAAAAUGA